AUGGACUUGACGGCCGACUUCAAGGCCUUUCAAGACCUUGUUCAAUCCUCCCUCAUCAACGUAACGAGGAGCGCAACACAAGUUUCUAGCCAGGAUUUGAGCUUCCACCGCUCGUCCAGUGAGAAAUUGUCUCGCUCCCUCGAUCGCCAGAAUGCUCAUCUUUUGCGCCUGACCAGCAAGCUGCUCAAAGCUGCCACCCGCGACACUCAGCUCAAACCUCCUGCUCUCCAAGGCCAGGAUGAUGUAGAGGACAAUUGGCGUGGCAUAGUCGAUGUGGUGGACGGUCUUCUGGAAAAGGCUGACUCUGCACUUGACGAGUUCUCAGGCGUGAUCAAACCCCAGAGCCCGACCCGACAGGACACUGAGUCACCUGGACCAGCGAAAAAUGCAUUCGGGGUGCAGAGGUGGGCCAAGGACAACAUUCCGAAGCCGCAGACCACUUUUGAGAGACAGGUGAACAACUCUGACGAUACUCCUUUCAAGCCUCUGCUACAGACGAAGCCUCAUGCUACGAUACCGUUGGAGGAGAGUGUAGGCAAUGCCGAGACCGGGUACAAACACCCCUAUGCGCGAGAGAUCGAAGACUACCAAUACCCUCCCUCGGUCUACCAGUUCAACGAACCGACACCCUUUUCCCCCAUUGAUGAAAGCAAACCCAUCUACGUCGACACAGAAGAAGGUGUUAAGGACAUGUUACAAGAUCUCAGGAAGGCCAAGGAGAUUGCAAUCGAUCUCGAACACAAUGACCAACGCUCAUAUGUCGGUCUUGUCUGCCUGAUGCAGAUCAGCACAAGGGACAAAGAUUGGAUCAUAGACACCCUGAAACCUUGGCGCGAGAAGCUUCAGAUGCUCAAUGAAGUCUUCACGGACCCCAGCAUCUUGAAGGUCCUCCACGGUUCCAAUAUGGACAUCAUCUGGCUGCAGCGCGACCUCGGGCUCUACAUCGUCGGUCUGUUCGACACGUUCCAUGCUGCAUGCGCCCUGCAAUUCCCGGGUAAAGGUCUGAAACACCUUCUCUUGCAAUUCGCCAACGUCCACGCGCAAAAGCAGUUUCAGCUUGCCGACUGGAGAACUCGACCUCUUCCUCAGGAAUUACUUGAUUAUGCCCGUAGCGAUACCCACUACCUACUCACAAUAUACGACCACCUACGAAACAUGCUCGUCCAAGGCUCCUCCGCCAAUGUCAAUCUCACAAACUACGUACUUACACAAUCCAAGAAAGAAGCCCUGCAAGUGUACACUCGUCAACCUUAUGAUUUUGAGACCGGCGGUGGGCCACUCGGCUGGCUCAACUUGCUUACAAUGCGCUCCACGAACACCCUGAGCAAGGAACAACUUGGUGUAUUUCGCGCCCUCCACGCGUGGCGCGAUGCCAAAGCGAGGGAACUUGACGAAGGGGUUCAAUACAUUCUACCGAACAGGACGUUGUGGCUGGUUGCCGAGAAUAUGCCAACGUCAGCGUUGAACUUUCACCACGCCUGCAGAGGCGAGGCGAAGUUCGUACACAACCGUAUCCCUGAGAUAGUAGAAGUCGUCAAACGAGGCAAAUGCGAAGGUAAGGACGGCAAGUCGCACGUGGAACUGCUCGACUACUGCGAGAAAGCUCUAGGCAUACCUGUCCGCCGCCCACGCAAGGAAAAGCGGGAUCCUCCUCAAACAAGCUACUCGGGUCUUGGAGAAACGCUGAAACAGUUGGCCGCCAGCCGACAGACCGACUCCUUGAACUACGACGGCGUGGCAGACAUCGACAAUCCCGUUGCAGUUCGCUCAUCAGCAUCCACCUUCUGGGGCGACAUUGCGCCUCAACACACACAACUCCCAGCAGACAUCGCCGCCGCAACGGAAGCGCUCUCCUCAAUCCUACCACUCCGUCACUUCACAGCCCAACAAGAGCCCGUGCAAGAUCAAGCCCAAAUUAUCCCGGCAACACAUUCCACUCGAGUCGAGGAGCCCGUCAAUUCGAGAACGUCAUUAGGUGCGGAGGAUCACCUCCGUAGCAAAGCAAGCGAGAUCUUCACACUCCACCCCAGCAGCCAGGGUAAGAAACGCAAAGCCGAUGAAUCCGAUGACGAAGAGGGCGAAGCCGCCCCUCUUGCAAUCAGCUCCUCGGCAGCUUCAACGCCCAUUGCCCUGUCUCCGCAACAGCCUAGCAGCGCCCUUCCCGAAUACGAAGCCGCUCGAGCAGCAAAGAAAUCCCGCAAAGCAGAGAAGAAAGCGCGGAAAGCGGCCGAGAAGGCCGCCGCGGACGCUGUGGCUCAAAAUGCGGCGCCAUUCGACUACGCGAAUGCGCCGUCCCUGUUAACUGCGACGGGCGAUGCAAACGGGGGUGGUGGUCCAGGCGCAGGUGGCAAGGGUGGACAGGACACGGCGAGGAGAAUGAACCCCUUCGCGAAGGCCUUGGAUACGACGACCGGCGCAAGGAGAAAUAAAAUGGGCAAGGAGUUGGCGGGGAAGAGUAUGACUUUCAAGUCAUAA